GGCCUCUCUGUCUCUCUCAACCUAUUCUCUCUCUUCCCUUGUCGGCUUUAGGUUUUCUCCGGGAAGGUAUUCUCGAACCCAGUUAACGCCGGGAAUCAAAACGGUGAACGUCUUUUCAUCACCUUAGCUCCCACCAAGUCCAAGUCAAUGAGAAAAUGCUCCUUAUUUUAAACGUGUUAGAGAUCCUUAACCAACCACCUACGUUUUUCUCAUUCUCACCGCCAUGUCAAGAUUUUUAAUCUUUAGAAUCGUUGGAAAGCACAAGCAAUCUCUUUUAUCAAAUCAGAAAGAGAGAGGAUCCCAAUGGGGAAGUUACACUGCUGCUCUGAGGUCGCCUCAGUUCAGAGUUUACACUUCCUUCUCUAGGCUUCCUAGUAAAGGAACCUUUUUGAGUAAGUAUCACCUGUUGCCGCGGCGGCGUUCUACUACAAGAAAUGUAGUUACUCAUCAUGCUCAAGUUGCUUGGAAUAGGCUUCAUCGCCAAUGGAACUUACCUCGUAUUAACACCAUUGCUCAAGCCUUUUGCUUGUCUCUCACCCGUUCACACCUCUUAAUCCCCGGCAUCGUGUCCAUCACUUGUGGAAAACUAGCAUGGGCGCAGAGAGCUCCAACUUCUUUGUUAGAUCCCUAUCCUUCACAUAAAUCACUCUAUACAAGGGCCAAGAACGGUCCUAUAUUUCUGACUUCGUUGCUGUUUUCGGUUAUAGAGGGUUUUAUUUUGAUAGGGAGGGCUUUCUAUAUAGCUUGUUUGUUCACUCCUAGUGUCCUGAUGGGUCUGGUUGUUGAGCUAUGUGGGCCACGUUUUAGGAAAGUGUGGCUUGAGAUGGUUCAUCGAACUCUUGAACGAGCAGGUCCUGCUUUCAUCAAAUGGGGUCAAUGGGCAGCCACGAGACCAGAUCUCUUCCCCCACGAUCUUUGCUCACAGCUCUCAAAGCUUCACAGUGAUGCUCCUCAGCAUAGCUUUGCGUACACUAAGAAGACUAUAGAGAAGGCGUUUGGUCGUAAACUCUCUGAGAUAUUUGAGGAGUUUGAAGAGGCGCCAUUGGCGUCAGGGAGCAUUGCUCAAGUACAUAGAGCUUCCUUGAGGUUUCAGUAUCCAGGGCAAAAGUCCAAGUCCUCGUUGGUUGCUGUUAAAGUUAGACAUCCAGGUGUUGGUGAAUCUAUAAGGAGAGAUUUUGUGAUAAUCAAUUUCGUGGCGAAGAUAUCGACUUUAGUUCCUGCUUUGAAAUGGUUGAGAUUGGACGAGAGUGUUCAACAGUUUGGUGUCUUUAUGUUGUCUCAAGUUGAUCUCGCGAGGGAAGCUUCUCAUUUGAGUAGGUUCAUAUACAACUUCCGGAGAUGGAAAGAUGUUUCGUUUCCUAAACCUGUGUAUCCGCUUGUACACCCUGCUGUUUUGGUGGAGACGUAUGAGCACGGAGAAAGCGUGGCACGUUAUGUUGAUGGCAUGGAUGGACAUGAAUGGAUUAAGGCUAGGUUGGCUCACAUUGGGACUCAUGCUCUCUUGAAGAUGCUCCUGGUUGAUAACUUUAUUCACGCUGAUAUGCAUCCGGGGAACAUCCUUGUUCGGAAAAAGGCUUCUCGUGGGGGUCUUUUCAAAACAAAGAAGCCACACAUAGUUUUCCUUGACGUGGGAAUGACUGCAGAGCUCUCAAAGAACGACAGAGAGAACUUACUUGAUUUUUUCAAGGCGGUUGCGCUCAGGGAUGGCCGGACUGCUGCUGAGCGAACACUUAAGUUAUCAAGAAAGCAAAACUGUCCCAAUCCGGAGGCUUUUAUUGAGGAAGUAGAAGAAGCAUUCAAGUUCUGGGGAACAGCUGAGGGAGAUUUGGUACAUCCAGCAGAUUGCAUGCACGAAUUACUUGAGAAAGUAAGACGACAUAGAGUUAAUAUUGAUGGGAAUGUGUGCACCGUGAUGGUGACAACAUUAGUUCUCGAGGGUUGGCAACGGAAACUUGAUCCAGGAUAUGAUGUGAUGCACACGCUUCAAACAAUGGUGCUGAAAACCGACUGGGCUAAGUCUCUUUCUUACACUGUGGAUGGUCUGAUGGCACCCUAG